GACGGCUGCUGCUGCUGACAGCGCAGCACUUGUAGGUCGUUCGCUGAGAGAAACGAGGGCUGUUUCGUGCCAAUCCCCGGCCCCCCUUGCAGGUAUAGCUGGUGAUCUGUCUCGGAUUUAGGAUUAACUCGCCUUUUGAGAGAUGAUCUUGGCUGGAUUAUUUAAAGACACUUAAAAGCAGGGUUCCCCAGUGCUGAAGAACAGCUGGAGCGAUGGAGCCUCGAAUGCCUCACAGCAUUACUGUGGCUCCCAAUUCCACCAUGGUACAGCCACUCCUGGACAGUCGUAUCCCCUACGGCAGAUUGCAGCAUCCUCUGACCAUCCUGCCCAUUGACCAAAUGAAGACCACACACAUUGAGAAUGACUACAUUGACAACCCCACUCUGGCCCAGCUGGCUGCUCAGAAAUAUCCCAGGGGCCACCACGAAACCACUCACCCGCCGAGGUGUGAGCAAGACAUCACUCACCCAUGGAUUUCUUUCAGCGGGCGACCCAGCUCCAUCAGCAGCAGCAGCAGCACAUCUUCAGAUCAAAGGCUUUUGGAUCACAUGGUGCCAGCACCGGUGGCCGACCAGUCCUCCCCAAGAGCUGUCCGGAUACAGCCCAAAGUGAUUAACUGCAAGCCCCUCGACCUCAAGGGGCCCACGUCUCUGGAGUUGGACAAGCACUUUUUACUGUGCGAAGCCUGUGGGAAAUGCAAGUGCAAGGAAUGUGCCCUGCCAAGGACUUUGCCCUCCUGCUGGGUCUGCAACCAAGAGUGCCUCUGUUCCGCUCAGAACCUGGUCAAUUACUCGACCUGCAUGUGUCUGGUGAAGGGCAUCUUCUACCACUGCACCAAUGAGGAUGAUGAAGGUUCCUGUGCGGACCACCCCUGCUCCUGCUCUCACUCAAACUGCUGCGCCCGGUGGUCUUUCAUGAGCGCGCUCUCCCUGGUUCUGCCAUGUCUGCUGUGCUACCUGCCUGCUACUGGUUGUGUGAAACUGUCACAGCGAUGCUAUGACCAAGUGAGUCGGCCUGGAUGUCGGUGUAAAAACACGAACAGUGUGAUCUGCAAAACGUCCCCUGAAGGGAAAGUUGGCAGCAAACCAGAGAAGCCAUUUUGAUUUCCAGGGAGAGGGGUGGGGGUGGGACGUGUAGAAAAACUGCAGGAAGGAGUUUCAUAACCUGUGUUGCUCAUAGAACGUGUGUCAGCCUUUUGCGUUCAACAAAGAAAGGGGAAAAAAGACACCUCUUUCCUGGACCCAAAGCACUUUGAAUAAUUCAGGGCUGUGGAAGUGGAGUGCGGAAGGCGGCUUCUUAAUUAUUUGCAGAGCAAAGGCAGAAACUGACCACACAGAACAGCUUGGCUUCUUUCUCUUUCUGACUUCUAGUGCUGGCUGUUUGCUAAGUUGACAGACUACAAUAACAUUUAACAGAUAGGUUUGGUAGGUACAUCUGGAGCUGCAGCAGGAUUCCUAUUUCUCGAACGCUGUCCAGUUCAGAACAGGGAGCUUUCCCCCAUCUAACUUUUAUUUAUUACCUGGAGGCUGUUAUCAGUAAAACGCUCAACUUUCUCAGCACUUCAAGAGGAGCAGUUGUCUGCUAUCUCCUCCCUGCUGUCUCCUCUCUUUUCAUAUACAAAAGUGGCUGUCUAAAAAACCCCAGUAGUAUUUUUGAUUAACGGUCCCUUUCAGCUCUGUCUUGAGCAGAGAUUGGUAGGAUGGAGACACCAGCUGAGGAAGCUCUUCUGCUGAUUGCUACAAAUCAAGCCACAGUUCUAGGCAUAUCUGGUUGAAAGCUGGCAGUCCUACCCCCCUUUUCAUUUAAACCCACCUUAUUCGUUGUUAAUUUGAAAGCAUGAGGCAGCAGGGAGUGGGAAUUGCAUGCUUUGCUCUUAACAUCCACACCUCCAGCUUAAUGUCUUCCUAGAACUUUACAUGCAUUUGGCUCUGUGUGCAUAAAGCAUUCUGUGCAGUUCUGGAUCAUGCAGAGACUUCUAUGCACACAUGGU